AUGAUCUAUAUUGGUAUAGAACUAUGGCUAAUAACAGCUAUACUAUCUUCAUCGAUCACUUGUUUCGAGAUUGUCACAAUACCAGACGGUGAUGUUCAAUAUUUAUACGAACGAUUACGAACUACAGAGCAUAUGACUGACACUGAUGCACUAAAUACAAUCAUUGAGUUAGAGAACUAUUAUACAGCUGCUAAGAAUGGUCUAACCGGGGAACCAUCCGAGAUGAUCGAUACAGCAUGGCAUGCACAUAUCUUAAACACACCCAUGUACUUUAGCUUUUGUCAAUCAACGUUUGGUUCUUAUCUACAUCAUUCUCCCUAUUGGACGAGAGCCAGUGAAGCUGAAGAAACACAAGUAAUCGUUUCCUCUCUGGAAUUUCAAAUACCGAUGUUUACAAAACUGAAGGAGUUGGGAAUUGUAGAUCUAAAUGAAACCAUCUGGACUUCUACAGCUGCAGCUAUGUUCAAUGAGAAUGUCCAAACAAAAACUGAACUUUGA